UCACUUUGUUUAGAACGUCAUUUCUUUACGACAUACACACAGCAUUCAUUUUAUUUAUAUCAUAAAAUUACAGACUUAACAUUGAACAUGGCCGAAAAAGGAGGCUUUGAUCCUUAUGAACAUCGAAGUGUGGAGAAGCCUAUAUCUGACUUGGGUGCCUUUUUUUCACUUCUGAAAUGCGUGGUGGGCACAGGAGUUUUGGCCAUUCCAUUGUCCUUCAAUUACGCUGGCAUGAUCAAUGGCGUUGUCCUGCUAGUUUUGUGCUGCUUUAUGCUCAUUCACGGCAUGCAGAUGUUGAUUAUUUGCAUGAUAGAGUGCUCGCGUCGAUUGCAAAUUGGCUAUGCCACUUACCCCGUCGCAAUGGAAUACUCAUUUAACCAGGGACCCAAGUUCUUUAAGUACUUGGCAAAGGCCGGUGGAUAUUUGGUCGAUGGAGUCUUGGCCUUAUCACAGGCCGGUGUCUGUGUCGUGUACAAUGUCUUUGUGGCUGCCACCUUCAAGCAACUGGUCGAUUUUUACUGGGGAACGGCAGACAUGAGAAUCUAUAUAGCCGUGGUCGGAAUCUGCCUUAUACCCCCGUUCCUGAUACGCCGACUAAAGUACCUAGUGCCAUUCAACAUCCUGGCCUCCAUUCUCAUCUAUAUCGGUUUCUCCAUGCUGAUGUACUACCUGUUCAUCGGUCUGCCUCCAAUAACGGAUCGCGACAUCGUCUUUGGCCACAUUGAAAAGUUGCCUUUAUUUUUUGGCAUUGCACUGUUCUCCAUCACAUCGGUGGGCGUGAUGCUGGCCAUAGAAGCAGAGAUGGCCAAACCACGGCACUACCUCGGCUGGUUUGGAGUUCUCGAUCGGGCCGUUUUGUUGGUUAUAAUUUCGUAUGUAGCUUUUGGUAUCAUGGGCUACUGGCGCUACGGAGAAGAACUUUAUGGCAGUAUUUCGCUCAAUAUUCCCACAGACGAAGUACUUUCGCAAGUUGCCAAAGCGUUUAUAGCCAUGGCCAUUUACCUCACCUAUCCAUUGGCCGGCUUCGUGAUCAUUGACAUCAUAAUGAAUCACUUUUGGAAUAAAAGUGGAGAGCUCAAGAACGCUGUGUUAAAGGAGUCCAUCCUUCGGGUUUGCACGGUUCUUCUUAUCUGCAUCACCGGGAUUAUUGCACCCAAACUGGGGCCACUGCUGUCGCUGGUUGGAGCACUCACCAUAUCGCUGUUGAACCUGGUGUUUCCCGCUCUCAUCGAGAUCUGUCUGUACUAUCCGCCGGAGUAUAACUACGGCAAGCUGAAGUGGAAGCUCGUGAAGGAUAUAUUCUAUGUGAUCAUUGGCAUACUCAUCUUGGUGCAGGGCACCAUCUUUUCCAUCAUGGACAUGAUUUCGGAGUGGGGUGGUGAUGAGACCACCACUGAAGGCACGACUGCCACCACCGUGAAGGUCACCACCACAACUGGUGGCAUGGACACCGCACCGGAACUUGCUUCUCCGGAAGCACCUGGCUUGAUAUUUUUCUAAGAUCGUGUAUUCCAAAUAAGUAUAUAUUUCUAAAAA